AUGCGCAGCAGCAGCCGGCUGGCGGCGAGAAGGGCGCAGCAGCAGCAGCAGGAGGAGGAGCAGCAGCAGGAGCAGCAGCAGGAGAAGCAGGCGCAGCUGGCGCAGCAGGAGCAGCAUGCUGAGUUUGUGCCGUCCCAGCCCAACCCUGCUGCGCGCUCCGCUAUCGAUGCCCCGCGCCGCGGCCCCCUGAUGCUGCUGCCCGUCGCGCCGCGCGGCCGACGCGGCGGCGCCGGCGUGCGCGUGAACGCCCCGCCGGGCGGCGGCCCCUCGGCGCCGGCCGUCACCGCGGAAGGCGAGCGGGGGCAGCAGCUGCCAAGCGGGUGCGGCCAAGCCUUACACGAGUCAUGCGGGGGCGGCGGCGGCGCUGUUGGGGGCGGGGGCUUGGGCUCGAACCCGGAUGACCCCUCAGUCAUCGGAGCGACCCCUCCGGAAGACGACCAGACGCCUCCCCGCGGCGGCCGCGGUGCGGCGCAUGCAGCGAGCGCCCACACAGCGGGGGAGGCCGCCGCCGCCGGGGCGGCGGCACCGUCGCCGCGGCCGGCUGCGGGAUUGGGCGACCCGCGAUUGUGCGGGCGGGGGUCUGCGGCUGGGGGGCAGGAGGAGGAGGAAGACUGGCAGUCGGCGCACGAGGGGGAGGGGGACGAGCAGGAAUGGGAUGAUCAAGGGGAGCAGGAGCAGCAGGAGGAGCAGGAGCAGGAGCAGGAGCAGGAGCAAGAUGCGGUAGCAACGGAGGACUGGCAGCCAUCAGAGGGCGGCGACGCGGCGUUCCAGGAGCUGCCUCCGAUGGGACAGCAACAGGAGCCGCCUUUGCUGGAGGAGCAGCAGGAGGAGGAGCAGCAGCAGCAGCAGCAGCAGCAGCAGCAGCAGCAGCAGCAGCAGCAGCAAAACGAGGAGGACGAGGAGGAGGGGCAAACAGAGGAGGCAAAGGCUCAGGAAACAGAGUCGUGGCGGCAGCAGACUCAGGGCUAUGACGCGGAUUUCGGGGAACCACCGCCGAUCGUGCAGCGGCCGGAGGGGCUGCUGGUGGAGGCGCAGCAGCAGCAGCAGCAGCAGCAGCAGCAGCAAGGCAACGGCGACGAGGCGACCCCUGACGAUUUGGUCCCAGCAACCGCCUCUGCCAGGUCGCCCUCAGGCACAGCCCCUGGUCCCGCUUCCCCUCUGCAGCCGCGCGGAACCGCAAGCCCCGAGCCUGCGGGGCUGUCGCAAGCCACUGCCGCCUCGGGCGCGCGCUCCCAUGUGCAUGCAUCAGGGGUGGCAGACGCGGCGGGCGCGGCAGCAGCGGCGGUCGCGAGAGGCUCGGCCGCGGCAGGCGCCGCGCAGCUUCCUCCUCGCGCAGAUGGGCCCCGGCCGUCGACCACCACCUACGAGUUGCCAGAUCACCUUGCAGAUCUGAGUGAUCUGCUGGACGAUGUGGCAGAUCUGAUUGCGGCGCCGCUGACGGAAUACUACCGGCCGCCGCCGGACGUCGCGGCGCGGGAUGCGGUGGCGCGGGCGGCGGCGCGCCUGCAGCAGAGGCGUCAGCAAGAGAGACAAGCUCAGCAGCAGCAGCAGCAGCAACAGCAGCAGCAGCAGCAAGUACAACAGGACCAGCAGCAGCAAACGCAGCCGGACCAGCCGCAGCGAGAGCAGCUGCUGCCACCGCAGGGGCAGCAGCCGCUAAGCGCGGGGCAGCAGCCGGGCCUGGCAGGCGCGGCCCAAGGCGUCCCGCCGGGCGACCAGGCCGGCGCGGGGCAUGCAGAGGGCGACGCCACCAUGCUCGCAGCACCAGAAGGCGCCAUGGAGCAGCUCGCGGCACUCGCGAGCGCCCCAGCAGACAGCGGCAUCGCGCCUCCGCCCACCUCGCAAGCCGCAGCACGGCCAGCCGCCUGCGCAACCCCCUUCAGCCCAACGGCAGCGGACGGCGGCGGCGACCCCGGCGGGGGUGUUGCCGCCGCCGCGGCUCUCGUCCCGGCGAGCGGCGGCGGGAGUGUGCCCGAGGCGACGCAGGGGCUGGGGCUGGGGUCCCUCGGUGUGUUUGGGGCGCCGCCGCUCGACACGCAGCAGCAUUACAACUUGUUUUUCACCCAGCCGGCGUCCCAAACAUGA